UAUAUUAUAAGGGAAGAUAAAAACUAGUUUGAUUAACAAAUUUUUCUUUAUCAUUGUUAAUUGUUAUUCUAAUAUUUAUAGUUUAAAUGUAGAUAGUGUAGAUAAAAUAAAAAUAAAAAACAAGAAGAAAUUGUAUAGUUUAAUUUAAAAUUCGGCGCCAUUUCGUCAGGAGUAAGCAGACAAGUGUCAAAUUGCAUUUAAUUGUCAUUGUCACAAUAAAGAAAAAGAAUUUGCAACAUUGUGCUUAACAAUAAAAUGACUCGUUUAAUAAGAAAUAAGAAUUAAAAAGAAUUACUUUAAAUUAUGGUGAUUUGAAGGAAUAACAUUUUAAUAAAAAGAAAACUCCAAUUCUAACCUAAAAAUUUUCCAAACUUUUUGGUUAGUUGGUUGAUUGAUUUUUUAAUAUUAAUUAACUAAAUUGAUUAAUUUGAAAAAUGGCAAGUUCUCAGGAAGUAUUAGAGGGCUUUUUAUGUCCAAUUUGUAUGACAGAUCUAAAUACUCCGGAGCAAUUGACAAAACACUUUGAAGAAUUCCACAACGAAGAUACUGAAAUUUUAAAAUCUCUGAAAGAUCUUUUCGGCAAAGCUAAGAAGAAGAUCUUGAAACAAAACGAAUUAUCGGAAACAUAUACUGGUCCAGUUUUUACAAAUAAUCAAAAAUGUAAACAAGAAAUUGAUUGGGGAGAACAAGAUAUUGGUUUAAUUACUGACCACACGCAAUAUUUCAAAGAAAUAAGGAACAUAAGAUUGGAAAGAUAUUCGUCCGAAACCAAUAAAUUGCUUAUAAGAUUGGAUAAAUUGUUGAACAAUUUACCCUCCGAUCCGAAUGAUAGAAGAGCUCACGAACGCGCCAUUGUUCCGUGGAUUGAUGAGAAGGAUGUGAAAUUGUGUCCAACUUGUGCUCGAAGUUUCCACAUGGCGAGAAGAAAACAUCACUGUCGAUUGUGUGGUGCUAUAAUGUGCCACGACUGCACUGCGUUUCUUUCAAUAAUUGAAGCUCGGAGAAUGACGAGUCCAGCUUCAAUCCAAGACGACUCGGCUCUGUCUCCCGUGUCUCCGGACAAGUCAAUAAGCGGACGUUUCGUGCAGACGAGCCUGGGUUUGACGAAACUAGUGCGAUCGCCCUCCAGCUCGAGCUUGAACAAUGUUUUGUCUCUAAUCAGCGAUUCGUCCGGCAACGAGCACAAUUUUCGGCUGUGCGAACACUGCAUUAAUCUUCUCGAUGCCCGGGAAAAGCUCAAAGCCAGACAGUUCGAUAAGCCCAUUAUUUAUCCUCUCUAUGAGAAGAUGCGAACCUACAUGAACGAAGCGAAGCGUCAUCUGGAAAUGUACAAUAAAAUGUGGCAGUCGUUGAGUGAGGGCGAAACAACGUACGAAUUACGCGAUGCACAAGUUUUACGAAUGAAAAUUGCGAAAAUUGGAGAGAAUAUAGACUUGAUUAGUAAGAAGAUGUUGGUUAUGGGUUUGACUGACGAGAAAGACGCACAGCAACAGCAAGAGCGGAGACUUCGUGAAAUGGUUCGAACGUCCACUGUGAUUUUCGUCAAGGACCAAUUGGUCGGCAUGCCGGGCUUACCUUCCGAAGAGGAGUACGCGGAACUCAAGGAAAAGAGGCAGCAGAGAAUUGACUCUAGAAUUGCGUACGAGUUGCAGUUGGAAAUUGAAAAGGAACAGAGGCAGAAGCGGAAGGACUUACAAAAGGAUAAUUGGAAUUCGCCAGCGGAUUCUCCCAAGUCGAAUCAGUUGAUUUUGGACAAGUCACAAGGCUGGGGACCCUCAGGCGCUGCGAUAGUGAUUUCGUCGAAUAAGGCGAAUAUGGAUCCAAUAAUAGAGCAAAUGAGCAAUUUGAAAGCCUACAUAAAGCAAGCUAGAGACGACUGCAAGUACGAUGAAGUCGCAACCUUAGAAAGUAAUUUGAAGGAACUUCAGAGCGCUUACUACGACAUGCAACAAAAAACCAGCAGCGAUACCUAGUCAUUCA